AUGUCGCCUUCGCCGUCGCCGUCUCCCUCCGACCGUAUGGACGUGGCGAUCCAGGAGCUCAGGAGGGGCACCCAACUGGCGGCGCUGCUCAGGCAGCAGGUGGAGCUCAUCCCGGAGCAUGACCACCGCGACGUCGCGGUGGCCAACGUCAGCGAGAUAUCCAUGGCCAUAGAGUCGUCGCUCUGCAUCCUCCAGUCCGAAAGCGAGCACUGCUCCUCCUCUGUGGCCAUGGCUUCGCCAGCAGCCUACUCUGAUGGCGCCUCUAGGACAAGAAAUGGUGCCGUCGCCCGUACCAGGAAGGCAAGGCACCGGCGAGGCAGGCAUGGAGAGGAGCACCCAAUCAAGGAGAUACUGACUGAGGCACCAGAAAACGAUCGGUUCCACUGGAGGAAAUAUGGCGAGAAGAAGAUCCUCGAUGCUGAAUAUCCAAGGCUAUACUACAAAUGUGGUUACAGCAAUGACUGCAAGUGCCCAGCAAAGAAAUACGUGCAGCAGCAAAACAAUAGCAGCCCUCCCAUGUUCAUGGUCGCCCUCAUCAACAAGCAUACGUGCGGCACUUUGUUCCCCAAUGAGCCCAGCUCAAGCAGCGGUGCGGCGCAGGUGCUAGACUUCAGCAAGGCGUCACUUUCUCCUCCACUUAUGGCUGGUGCCCGGGGAUUGAAGAAAGAUGAGGAAGCUAGCACGUCUAUGACGAUGCCUGCUACCUUUGCAUACCAUGAGUCGUCUCCUUCACUGCAAUCGCUGUCUCCGAACGGAGAUCAGGUCGGUUUUCCCCCGGGAUUCGAGUGGUAG